AUGCCGCUCGUACGCAUAGAGGUGUGCGACUUCAAGUCAUACAGAGGUCACCAGACAGUUGGGCCAUUCCGUAAUUUCACGUCCGUAAUUGGGCCCAAUGGCGCGGGAAAGUCCAAUCUCAUGGAUGCCAUCUCGUUCGUUCUGGGAGUGAAGAGUGCGCAGCUCCGAAGUAGCCAGCUCAAGGAUCUCGUUUACCGCGGAAGACGCCUUGCGAGGGAGAGCGCGGAAGCGGGCUCGCAGGCGGUCGAGGAAGACGAGGAGGAGGAAGAUGAGGGUGAAGGCACCGCAAAGAAGGCAUGGGUACUCGCCGUCUAUGAGGAUGCGGAGAAGAAGGAGUGGCGGUUUCAGCGAACGAUAUCCACCACCGGCGCCUCAGAAUAUAAGCUCAACGACAGGGUCGUGACAUAUGCGACGUACAACAACGCGCUCAUCAAGCACAACAUCCUCGUCAAGGCGAAAAAUUUCCUUGUCUUCCAGGGCGACGUAGAGGCCGUCGCGUCGCAGUCACCCAAGGAGCUCACCCGCCUCAUAGAACAGAUUAGCGGGUCACUGGAACUCGCUGCAGAAUACGAGAAGGCGAAAGGGGAGCAGGAGCGCGCGACUGAGAACGCAACAUUCAACUUCACGAAGCGGCGGGGCAUCGCGGGCGAGAUCAAACAGUACAAGGAACAGAAGGGCGAGGCGGACAAGUUCGAGGCGCUUGUCCAAGAUAGGGAACUACUCAUUCUGCGGCGUAUCCUGUUCAAACUGUUCCAUAUUGAAGAGGCUCUGGAGAAAGAUGCGCACGAGGUCAGAGAACAGAGCAAGACCCUAGCAGGCUUGCGGGAAGAGCAGAAGACCCACGACGACGCGUUAAACGACGCGCGCGCCGAACAAGCCAAAGCCCGUUCAGCUCUAAUGCAAAGAGAGAAGAAGCUUAAGAAGGCAGAGAAGGCUCUGGAGGCAAAGAAACCUGAACUGAUUGCCGUAGAGGCCCAACUUGCGCAUUCGACAAAGAAGAUCAAAAAUGCUCAGAACGUUAGGGAGCAGGUGACUCAAGAUGAGACAAAACAGAAGGACAAGGUCCGAAAGCUUCAAGAGGACCUCGAAAACGUCCAGAGAGCUGCCGAUGCCGCGCAAGAGGAUCAGAGAAGACUCUCGCAGAACAACCUGUCUCUGAGUCAGGACAGCCUUGACGAGUACCGUCGAUUAAAAGCCGAAGCAAGUCUCUUAGCAGUGGAUGAACGUCAGGCCUUGGAUACGCUGAACAGGGAGGAGAAGACCGCCUCUCGAACGUUCGCGCAGCUGAAUGACAAGCAAGAAGAGUUCCAGCGCAAGAGGGAAAAGCUGAAGGAAGACAUCGAUGAUCAAGGACGAAAGAAAGAUGAACUGGAGGGGUCAGUUGCGUCGCUACAAGCGGAUCUCAACAAGACUAGACAAGAGCUCCACAACCAGGAAGCCGAACGGACACGAAUAGCAAAACUGGAGGCCGAGCUGAACGAGAAGCUCCAAGACGUCCACAACAAACUGCUUCAGGCUGGCGUGGAUCAACGCGAAUCGGAGCGCGACGCUCGGCUCAAAGAAACGUUGAGCACUCUUCAGAGAAUAUUCCCGGGUGUGCGUGGGCGUCUCAUGGACCUGUGUAAGCCUACCCAGCGGAAAUACGAGACUGCCAUCUCUGUCGUUUUUGGGAGGAAUAUCGACGCUGUAGUCGUCGACGAAGAAAAGACGGCCAUUGACUGUAUUGAGUACAUGCGCAACCAACGGGCUGGCCAGUUGACCUUCAUCCCGCUGGACACAAUACAAAUCAAGCCCAUCAACGAUAAGUUCCGUUCUUUUGCCAAAGGCGCGCGACUCGCCGUCGACGUCAUUCAAUACGAGCCUGCCGUGGAGCGGGCCAUGCAUCAUGCUUGCGGUAACGCGCUGGUCUGCGACAGCAUGGAGGUAGCAAGGUACGUGUGUUAUGAAAAGGGGCAGGAAGUCAAAGCUGUCACGUUGGAAGGGACGAUAAUCCACAAGAGCGGCCUUAUCACUGGUGGACGAAGCACGCAUGGUGGAAACAAGAAAUGGGAGGCGAAAGACAUCCAAGGGCUUCAACGCGUCCGAGACGAAUUCCUUACCCGCCUGAACGAACUCAUCCAGUCCAAGCCUCGCAACAAGGUAGACGAUAACCUCAUCUCGGAGAUCACGAGGCUAGAGUCGGCGCUAGCUGUCGCGAAGGAUGAGUUGAACGCGUGCACAUUGCGCGUCAGUGGCUUGAAAGACGAGCUGAAACAUGUUGAGAGGUCGAUAAGGCAAAAUACCCCUGAGUUGAACAAGGCUCAGAAAGCCCUCGAUACACUUCGGGAGAGAAUAGAGGGGGUAGCGGCCGUCGUCAACGCUGCAGAGGACGAGAUUUUCGCGCCCUUCUGUGAGGAGAUCGGUGUUGCCAACAUCCGGGAAUACGAAGAACGGCAACUUAAGCUUGCUCAGGAAGAGAGCGAGGCUCGACUGCGGUUUGAAACACAGAUCGCCCGACUCACGAACCAAUCUCGCUUCGAAGAGGAAUCGCUAAAUGCCAUUCAAGCGCGUCUCGCUGGUUUUGCUGACACAAUCUCUGCUGAGCAAGCUAACGUGGCAAGGUUAGAAGACACCAAGGCGCAGACACAAGAAGAGAUCGACGAAAUGGAGCAGGGACUAGAAGAGCUAAAAGAGGAUGUCAAGACAUCUAACGCUGUGCUGGAAGAGAGAAAUGAAACCCUCGACAAAGUGAAGCGUUCUACGAUGAAGGCGACGAAAGUCCUGGACCAGGCACUCAAGGAGAUCGCGACCAAGAACGACGAAAUCGAGAAACUUGGCUUGGAGCGAUCAGCUUUGUACCGCAAGUGUCGUUUGGAAGAAAUUGCCCUGCCAUUGCUACAAGGCAAUCUGAAGAAUGUGCCUAUGGAAGAGAACUUGCGGGACGAGGUUGCUAUGGAUGUUGAUGAAGACGAUAGCGGCACGCAGCGUCCAAAGUCAGUCUCGGACUACGGCAUCGAAGUCGAUUUCGAGACCCUCGACGAAGAGGAUCGCGAGGAUGAGUCGGGAGAGACACUCGCCGAGAUAGAUGCUUCGAUCACGAAACUGAACGGAGACAUUGAACGAAUGGCGCCCAACCUCAAAGCGAUUGAACGGCUUGAUGAUGUGGAAGCGAAACUCGCCGACACCGAGAAAGAAGCGGAAAAGGCUCGCAAAGAAUCCAAGAACGCCAGGGAUUUCUUUAACGACGUCAAGAAUAGACGGACAGAAAUGUUCAACAAAGCCUACAAUCACAUUUCCGAACGUAUCGAUCAAGUUUACAAGGACCUGACCAAGGGAAAGGCAGCACCUAUGGGUGGUGUGGCAUACCUCAGCUUGGAAGACAACGAGGCAAGCGGUAUUAAAUAUCAUGCCAUGCCUCCUAUGAAACGUUUCCGAGAUAUGGAGCAGCUCUCAGGUGGCGAGAAAACAGUCGCGGCACUGGCGCUCCUAUUUGCUAUCCACAGCUAUCAACCCAGUCCUUUCUUCGUCCUGGAUGAAGUCGAUGCCGCCCUCGACAACACGAACGUCGCUAAGAUCGCCAACUACAUCCGUUCACAGGCCUCCGACACGUUCCAGUUCAUCGUGAUCAGCCUGAAAGGCUCUCUGUACGAGCGUGGAAACUCGCUAGUGGGCAUCUACCGCGACCAGGAUGUCAACAGCUCACGCACGCUUACGCUGGAUGUGAGUCGCGCACCCCUUUCGCGUGCCCUCUCUAUCUGA